ACUGGCAACAACCACCUCCACCCUCCACCCACACCACACCAUGCCCGCGACGCCGCUGUCCGUCGAGGACAUUCUCGCAAAGCAAAAGGCCGAGAAGGAGGCCGCGGCGAAGCCAAAAUUCCUCACAAAGGCCCAGCGCGCCGCCCUCGCCCUCGAGAAGCGCGCAGCCGAGGUCAACGAGCAAAAGGCGCGCGAGGAGGCCGACCGCGCCGAGCGGGACAAGCUCGACCGUGCGGCGGAUGCCGAGGCGAGGAAACAGGACGCGGCGCGGUACGGGCGCGACGUGCGCGACGACCGCGACUACCGCCGCGACGGGCGCGAUGCACGCGACCACCGUAACGGCGGCGGCGGCGGCGGCCGUGACGGCGGGCUCGACUACCGCGAUCGCGACGACCGGCGGCGGGAUGACCGCCGCGACUUUCGGGAUGAUCGCCGGGGCGGCGACGACCGUCGCGGCGGUGACGACCGCCGGGGAGGGUUCGACAGGCGUAAUAAUGGCCACGGCGGAGCCAACGGGCACGCCGAGUCGUCGCGUGCCGGUGGGAGGGGAGGUAAGGGCGCUGCGGCGGCCACGCCUGCCGCUCCCGCCGGCGACCCAGACCUCGAGAUCAUCAAGAAGAGAUACCUCGGCCAGCACGACGUGGUCAAGAAGCCGUGGAUGCGCAAGUCGGCCAACAAGAACGCCAUCUUUGACUGGAGCGCUGCGGACGACACGUCGGCUGCGCCGCUCUGGUCAGAUCGUGACGGCGCUGCUGCUGCCGCUGGAUCGCCAGCGCGCCCGGGCAGCGGCGCGCAAACGCCCGUACCGGAAACCGCGGGCGACAAGUACACCGAUGCGCUGGAGAAGCGGCGCGCAGGCAAGGGCUCCAACGACGACCGGCACUGGAGCGAGAAGCCGCUCGACGAGAUGAAGGAGCGCGACUGGCGCAUCUUCCGCGAGGACUACAGCAUCUCGUCGCGGGGUGGAAAUAUCCCCAACCCGCUGCGUAGCUGGCGUGAGAGCGCCAUCCCACUGCCGAUUCUCGAUGUCAUCGACGAGAUUGGAUACACGGAGCCCAGUCCAGUCCAGCGACAGGCCGUGCCGAUCGGCCUCCAGAACCGCGACCUUGUCGGCUUGGCCAAGACGGGUUCCGGUAAAACGGCCGCCUUCCUUAUCCCGAUGCUCACGUACAUCUCGCACUUGCCGCCAUUGACGGAGGACAACCGCCACCUCGGCCCGUAUGCGCUCAUCCUGGCGCCGACUCGAGAGCUCGCCCAGCAGAUUGAGAGUGAAGCGGUGCGAUUUGCUAAGCCGAUGGGCUACACGACUGUGUCGAUCGUCGGUGGUCGCUCGGUCGAGGAGCAGCAGUUCAACCUCCGCAACGGUGCGCAGAUUGUCAUUGCGACCCCAGGUCGUCUCAAGGAUAUGAUCGACAAGAGCAUGCUCGUCAUGUCCCAGUGCCGCUACGUGGUCAUGGACGAGGCCGACCGAAUGGUCGACCUGGGUUUCGAGAUUGACCUGACGUUUAUCCUCGACGCCAUGCCGGCAUCGUUUGCCGAGAAGGAGGGCUUGCCCGAAGACGACCCGAAGCGCGAUCGCGUCAUGACGCUGUUCUCGGCGACCAUGCCGCCGGCAGUCGAGCGUCUGACGCGGAAGUACCUGAGAAAGCCAGCAACUGUUAUUAUUGGCAACGCCGGCGAGGCCGUCGACACUGUGGAGCAGCGAGUCGAGUUUGUUACGAACGAGGAGAAGCGCAAGGCGCGCCUCAUCGACAUUCUGCGCAACAUUGGUCUCCCGCCUCCGAUCAUCGUGUUCGUCAACCAGAAGAAGACGGCCGACAUGGUGCUCAAGUAUGUGCAGCAGGCUGGGCUCUCGGGCGUCACGCUGCACUCGGGCAAGAACCAGGAGCAGCGAGAGGCGUCGCUGCAGGCGCUACGCGACGGCGAAGUGUCCGUGCUUGUGGCCACCGACCUCGCGGGUCGUGGUAUCGACGUGCCCGACGUGUCGCUCGUUCUCAACUGGCAAAUGUCGGACACGAUCGAGAAGUACGUGCACCGUAUCGGUCGUACUGGUCGUGCAGGCAAGACGGGUCUCGCGAUCACGUUCCUCGACAACAACGACGACGAGGUCAUGUACGACCUCAAGCAAGAGAUUGCAAAGAGCCCGCUGUCGACCAUGAACCCCGAGCUGGCGCGGCACGAGGCCGCGAGGCAAAAGGUGACACGGGAGAUGAAGCGCAAACGCGACGAGUUUGACGAGUAGGACGGCGGAGCGGAGCGACGCCGAAGGGCGGCGUGUAUAGUAGCAUAUGCAUCUGAUAGCAAGUCACGGCGAGGCGAGGCGAGGCGUUUCGGUGGUCGUCGGUCGAAGGCAUGCAUCGGGCCGUGUCCGCUGGCUGGCCACGCGCCGACGAGUCCACUCGGCAGAGCUCGCUGCAUGAGCGGGGUGAUUCCGAAGCUCCGACGACGCCACAGUGCCAC